AUGUCAAUAGUGAAAAGGCAAUUUUCUAAUGGGAGAAUGAAAUCUGAUGCCGAUGUUUUUAAAUAGGCAAUUGAAGAAGUAGAGAGAAAAAGACCUGGAUCAGGACAACCUAUGUCAACUGUAAAGUCACCUUUGCCUCCAAGAAAGCCACUCUUUUCAGGAAGUCAAAAAUAAAGAUUGGUUGUCAAUGCCAAUAAUAUCGAGCAACAAAUUCCUUAACAGAAGAUUAUUAAAUCCAAUUAAAAUAGUUAGCAUUCUUCAAAGGCAUCCCUAAAUAUUACAUAGAAUUAAUAAUAAUUGCUUUAGAUUGUAAUUACCAUAUUAGAUUUACAUCUUUAGAAAAGCCCUCAAAAAUAAUCGAAGCCUCCAAUUCGCAUUGACAAAAAGAUCAUAAUUGCAAGACAUGAAUAGAUUGGGAGUUCUGGGAGACCUACCAUGACUGGAGAUGCUUAAUCAAGAAACAAUAGCAAAUAAAAAGUAUCAAGUGCAGGAACGAACACUAAAUAGUUUAAUUGGACUGAGGUAAUUGACAUACCUUAACGAGAGUCUUCUUUAAAUGUAAACAUUAAUUUAUAGCAAGAAAAGAAGGUUAGUAUCCAGAGAAAAAUUACAAGCUCUUCCACAAUAAUAUUAGACACAUUAAUAAUAAUCAAUCACUCAAUCCUAUAGAUCAGAAUAAAAUACCUAUCAUGAUUUUGAGCAGCAAUUAACAAAAUCGGUAGAAAAUAAACAACCCUUGUGUUAUACUGAUUUUAGUAUGACUUCUAAAAAGAAUGAUUUAUCAAAGGCCUUGGCUUCAAUCAAAAUGGAAAUCAAAUAAGCCUCUUAAGAAGCUAAACAAAAUCAAGUGGAUUUAUACAUGAAUGGUAAUUAUCUUGUGUAUUUAUAUCAUAGCCAUUCCAGAGUAGGAAGAUGAUGGAUGUUCUUCAUUGGCAUAGAGUACUCUCUAUUAGUUUUAAUGA